UCGUUGGACUUUGCCUGUAAACUAAAGUUUGAAAAAAAAAAUGAAUUUUUUAGUCUCAAAUGCAAUUAAGGCUAGACAUUUGCCCAAUAUUCGCAAAUAUAAAAACCAGUUGACUGAAGAAUUGAAAGUUUUAAAUAAUAAGAGUAUAGUUCAGCCACAUAGUCAGUCUUCUGAAAAUACUGAAAUGGAUCGUUUUAUCCCAAAGCAAGAAGAUACUAAAGAUUAUGUUGCUUUAAGGUCAUCUGAAGAUGGAAAUUGCCUCUACAGUUCAGCUUCUCUUUUAAGUAAUUCGUUUUUGAAGACAGCUAAUGUAUUGAGGCUUCUUACUUCAAUUGAAUUGUUUGAAAAAGCUUCCUACUAUGCGAGGUACUCCCUUUUUGUUAAACAGGUUGAAAACAAUAAUUUUUCUAAUCUUUCCAGUGUUCUAGUAGCCUGUGUUUCUUUUGAAUGUUCAGAUCAAUUUAAAUUAAUUAACAGUGAAUCAGCUUCUGAAAUUAUAAUAAUGGAAGCAUUGAUCAACUGCCGAGCUAACAAGUUUUCUUCAUUUUUAUGUCUAAUUGUUUUGUCAUCAGUUUUAAAUAUUCCUAUUAGAUCAAUUUAUCCUAAUUUUGGCUUAGAAAAAUUCAAAAAACUUUUUAAUACAAUUAUUUUUCCAUUUCGUUCAAUUAAAAAUCAAGAUCAAAAUGUUUUAAAUAUUUUAUGGUGUAAUACUGAUAUUAUGUCAGCGAUGCAAAAUAAUAAUAACUGGACACCGAACCAUUUUGUACCAAAUAUUAAAAAGCCUAAACUAAUUUCUAGUAAUAAUAAGAAUUUGGCUAUAAAAAACGAUGCUACUUAUCCUUUACACUUUUUUAGUCCUAAAACUGAAACAAAUAAAAAAAAAAAAACUUGAUUCUGCAAAACAUGUCAAAAUUCAAUCUAAAAUUAACUUUAAAAAAGACAAUGCUUUCAUAGAGUUGCCUUUUGAACCUUCUGUAGAUUCAAAAAUAGUUAAGUCAUUAGACUCCAACUCAGUUAUUAUUCCUUCAUAUAAUGAAUUAAAUUCUUUGUAUGAUGUUUCAACAUAUCUUGGAGAUCGUAAUGAUAGCAAAUAUCAUCCUGAUAUUGGGCAAUCUUCUACACAAAAAGUUGGAGUUGGUAACUUCAUAGAGCUUUUAAAUUUUCGUGUUGAUGCUGGUGAUCAAAUAUUAGCUAAUCAUUGUUCCUCAAGUCCAAAAAAUGCAACCUAUAUAUCAAAAACUACCCAAAACCAACUUAUUGAUUCUUGUGGGAAAGCAAUUGAGGAAGUUUUAAUAAAAAAUAUCAAGCAUUCAAUUUUUUUUUUCAAUUCUUUGUGAUGAAGCAGUUGACUGUUUAAAUACUGAACAAAUGUCACUUGUUUUAAGAUAUGUAAAUUCAAAUAAUGAGAUUUGCGAGGAUUUCUUAAGAUUUAUUGAUUGCAAGACUGGUACAUCUGGUCUUAGUCUAUCUCUAAAUGUACUUAAUGCACUUCAAGAGUUUGGACUUAAUAUUCAAAAUUGUAGAGGCCAAGGGUAUGACGGUGCGGGUUGUAUGGCAGGUGAAUAUAAAGGAGUUGCUUCUCAAAUAAAAGCUCUUAAUCAUAAAGCUAUAUUUGUUCAUUGUGCAAGCCAUAGACUUAGUUUAGUAGUAGCAGCUGCAUGCCAAGUUCAAAAAGUAAAAAAUCUUCUUGGCCAAGUAAAAGAAAUUUCUUAUUUUUUUAACUUAUCUCCUAAACGUAGUAACUGUCUCAAAAAAUAUUUAAGUCCAAAUCAAGAAAAAAUAAUAGAUACUUGUCGAACAAAAUGGGUUCAAAAGCUGAGAGGUGUUGAUGUUUUUUUUGAUAAUUUUAUACCUGUUAUUCAUGCUUUAGAGGAGAUAGGGUUAAAUGAGUCAAAGGAAUAACAGUGAAACUGCUUCCAAAUCCUCUUCUUUUUUAAGAUUAUUAACAGAUUUCUCUUUUAUUGUAAGUUUAGUUAAUACAAAACAAUUAAUGAAUUUUUUUUAUGCAAUUACUGUAACUCUUCAAACUAAAUCUUUUGACAUAUCCCAGCAGUGUUUUGAAAUAACUUAUCUAAAAAAUCUGUCAUUAGAAAUUAAAAAUAAAAUUGAUAUAUAUCACACUGAAUGGUACGCUAUCGCUCUUAGUUUGGCCAAAACUCUUGAUAUACAAGAAGUGAGACCUAGAUUGUGUAAUGUCCAGGUUUACCGGGAUAAUUAUCCAACAAAUACAGUUUGUGACUAUUUUAAACAUAGCAUUACUUCUCCAUUAAAUGAACAUCUUAUUAAUGAGCUAGAUAACCGGUUUCCAGAAAAUGGCAUGUUUGUUUAUAAAGGUCUAGCAGCAGUUCCUUCAACUGUACUGUCCAGAAUACAAUUUAAAAAACCAUGGAAAUCUGAUUUUUAUGAAUUUUUAAAUUUCUAUUCAUCUGAUAUGCCUCAUUUUACUUCAAUACAUGCUGAGUUAGAUUUAUGGGAAUUAUUUUGGAAAAACCAGUCAAGUAUUCCUUCAACUGUUGCCGGUACUUUAAAGUCCAUUGACAUGAGAGGUUUUCCAAAUAUAAGGACAGCAUUUAUAAUUUUAGGAACAAUUCCAAUAACAGCUUGUGAAUGCGAAAGAAGUAUUUCAGUUAUACGUAGGCUAAAAACAUACUCCAGAAGUAAUAUGAUUGAGUCUCGCUUUAACUCUAUAGCAUUAAUGUCCAUACAUCAAGAAAUUUUUCCUGAUGUUGAAAGAGUCAUUGACAUUUUUUCAAAGUCAGGUGAAAGACGUUUAGGCUUUUAUUUAGUAGUGUACUAACUUUUAUUUUACUUAUUUCUAAUUUGAUUUUUACUAAUAUUGUG